CCCCCAAUGAGAGGCGGGGGGAGGCGGGUUCUGCGCCGCCAUGUCGCGGAGGCUGCUGCCCCGGGCGGAGAAGCGGCGUCGGCGGCUGGAGCAGAGGCAGCAGCCGGACGAGCAGCGGAGGCGGUCCGGAGCGAUGGUGAAGAUGGCGGCGGCGGGCGGCGGAGGCGGCGGUGGCCGUUACUAUGGCGGCGGCAGUGAGGGCGGCCGGGCCCCCAAACGGCUCAAGACUGACAACGCCGGCGACCAGCAUGGAGGCGGCGGCGGCGGCGGCGGAGGAGCCGGGGCGGCGGGCGGUGGCGGCGGGGAGAACUACGAUGACCCGCAUAAAACCCCUGCCUCCCCAGUUGUUCACAUCAGGGGCCUGAUUGACGGUGUGGUGGAAGCUGACCUUGUGGAGGCCUUGCAGGAGUUUGGACCCAUCAGCUAUGUGGUGGUGAUGCCUAAAAAGAGACAAGCAUUGGUGGAGUUUGAAGAUGUGUUGGGGGCUUGCAACGCCGUGAACUACGCAGCCGACAACCAGAUCUACAUUGCGGGCCACCCAGCUUUUGUCAAUUACUCUACCAGCCAGAAAAUCUCCCGUCCCGGGGACUCAGAUGACUCCCGGAGCGUCAACAGUGUGCUUCUCUUUACCAUCCUAAACCCCAUCUAUUCCAUUACCACGGAUGUUCUUUAUACUAUCUGUAAUCCUUGUGGUCCUGUCCAGAGAAUUGUGAUUUUCCGGAAGAAUGGCGUCCAGGCCAUGGUGGAGUUUGACUCUGUACAGAGUGCCCAGCGAGCUAAGGCCUCACUCAACGGGGCUGACAUCUACUCAGGCUGUUGCACUCUGAAGAUAGAAUAUGCAAAGCCUACACGCUUAAACGUGUUCAAGAAUGAUCAGGAUACUUGGGACUACACAAACCCCAAUCUCAGUGGACAAGGUGACCCUGGCAGCAACCCUAACAAACGCCAGAGGCAGCCCCCUCUACUGGGAGAUCACCCCGCAGAAUAUGGAGGGCCCCACGGUGGGUACCACAGCCAUUACCAUGAUGAGGGCUACGGGCCCCCCCCACCUCACUACGAAGGGAGAAGGAUGGGCCCACCAGUGGGGGGUCACCGCCGGGGCCCAAGUCGCUACGGCCCCCAGUAUGGGCACCCCCCACCCCCUCCCCCACCACCCGAGUAUGGCCCCCACGCCGACAGCCCUGUGCUCAUGGUCUAUGGCUUGGAUCAAUCUAAGAUGAACUGUGACCGUGUCUUCAAUGUCUUCUGCUUGUAUGGCAAUGUGGAGAAGGUGAAAUUCAUGAAAAGCAAGCCGGGGGCUGCCAUGGUGGAGAUGGCGGAUGGCUAUGCUGUGGACCGGGCCAUCACUCACCUCAACAACAACUUCAUGUUUGGGCAGAAGCUGAAUGUCUGUGUCUCCAAGCAACCAGCUAUCAUGCCCGGUCAGUCAUAUGGGCUAGAAGACGGGUCCUGCAGUUACAAAGACUUCAGUGAAUCAAGGAACAACCGGUUCUCCACUCCAGAGCAGGCAGCCAAGAACCGCAUCCAGCACCCUAGCAACGUGCUGCACUUCUUCAAUGCCCCUCUGGAGGUGACUGAAGAGAACUUCUUUGAGAUCUGCGAUGAGUUGGGAGUGAAGCGGCCAUCUUCUGUGAAAGUAUUCUCAGGCAAAAGUGAACGCAGCUCCUCUGGACUGCUGGAGUGGGAAUCCAAGAGUGAUGCCCUGGAGACUCUGGGUUUCCUGAACCAUUACCAGAUGAAAAACCCAAAUGGGCCAUACCCGUACACUCUGAAGUUGUGUUUCUCCACCGCUCAGCACGCCUCCUAAUUAGGUGCCUAAGAAGAGUCCCAUCUGAGCAGGAAAACAUUUCUUUCUUUUAUGCUGUUUUGUUUCUUUUUUCUUUUCUGCAAAUGUUCCUGUAUUCCUUUUUUUAAAUGCUAGUUUAGUAGAGGCUUUAACCAUAAUGGACUGGCUGAAAGUCUAAAGGGGGAGGGGAAGGGGAACUGAUAUCUCCCAAGAUUAACCUUCACUUUUUAAAAAUUAUUGUACAUGUGAUUUUUUUUUUUUUUUCCUGUUCAUACAUUUGUGCUGCCCAUGUACUCUUGGCACAUUUCAAUAAAAUUGUUUGGAAAAUAAAGGUCACUUUCUGGGA